CUGUCUAUUCCCUGGCUGAGGUGGGGCGGCGGUGGCGAUGGCGGCUGUGACAGACCUGCAGCGGCUACAGACCAAUGUGGAGGAGCUGGAGCGCUGGGUGUAUGGGCCAGGCGGGGCGCGUGGCUCGCGGAAGGUGGCUGAUGGCCUGGUCAAGGUACAGGUGGCUUUGGGGAACAUUGCCAGCAAGAGGGAGAGAGUGAAGAUUCUGUACAAAAAGAUUGAAGACCUGAUCAAAUACCUGGAUCCUGAGUAUAUCGACCGAAUUGCCAUACCUGAUGCCUCUAAGCUGCAAUUCAUCUUAGCAGAGGAGCAGUUUAUCCUCUCCCAGGUUGCACUCUUGGAGCAGGUGGAGGCCUUGGUGCCCAUGCUGGACAGUCCUCACAUCAAAGGGUGCUGCAGAGUCUGGAUUUUACCAUCAGAGUCCCUGGCAGCCGUUCCUGAGCAUGCUGCCCGCCUGCAGCGCUUGGCCCAGAUCCACAUCCAGCAGCAGGACCAGUGUGUGGAGAUCACUGAGGAGUCCAAGGCUCUCCUGGAGGAAUACAACAAGACUACAAUGCUUCUCUCCAAGCAGUUUGUGCAGUGGGAUGAGCUACUUUGCCAGCUAGAGGCCGCCAAGCAAGUGAAGCCGGUGGAGGAGUGACAACUGUUCCCCAUCCUGGGGUGACCAGGACAGCCCCACUUCAGGACCCUGUGCCCGUCUGCCCUUGUAACAGGGCAGAGGCAGCUCUCUCUAUUUACUGGAUUCACAGCCCAUUUGCCUGCACUCAGGUGUGUCUCUGAGGUCAGAGGUCAGCGGUACCUGAGAUUUGAGAUUUGUACCACCUCCCAAUCAGUGUCCUUAUUCCACUGACAAUAAACUGU